CAAGGGUGGGCGAAAUGAGAACAUCCAAGAGGAAACACGAAGCUUAUAACAUCCUUCACAUCUCCUCUCCCAACCACACUGCCUCACUCGCUGUCUCUCUCUCUCUCUCUCUUUCCCUCGCUAACAUGCACACAGACCCCCCUCUCGCAUAGAAGUAGACAGAGAGCAGUGAAGAGCAGAAGGAGCUGGAUGGCAGGAGGGAGGCAGGAUGGUUGUUGUUGAUUGAACAAAGCCAGGAAAGGAGCGCACAGUCCUGGGGAAAAGAGCAGCUGUGAAAUGCCUUGAAGGGAGCCUGCCAGUUACUCCUGCACAGACCUGAAGGUCCAGUCAAUGAGAAUGGGAACCACCGCUGGUUUGCACAGUGUGAGCCUCAGCUGAGGAUGGCAGGAGAUUCUCGAGUCCUCAUGGACCACAACAUGGAGAUAGGGGUAACGCCUGCACAGGCGAAGAAACUCCCAAAACAUCUGCGGGAGCCUCAGAUCUCAACUGAGCGAACCCACUUGAUUUCAGAACCAGUAAAGAAGCCACGUCAGCGAUAUGUGCAAAAGGAUGGCAAGUGCAAUGUUCACCAUGGAAAUGUACAAGAGACCUACCGUUACCUCAGUGACUUAUUUACAACUCUGGUGGAUCUACGUUGGCGUUUCAGUCUAUUAAUUUUCACCUUGGUUUAUGUUGUCAACUGGCUUUUCUUUGGGUUCCUAUGGUGGUUGAUUGCACUUAUCCGUGGAGAUCUGGUGCAUGGGGAUGAGGAGGACUGGACCCCUUGUGUAGAGAACCUCAACAGUUUUGUCUCAGCUUUCCUCUUCUCAAUUGAGACAGAGACAACCAUUGGGUAUGGCUAUCGAGUAAUUACAGAAAGAUGCCCUGAAGGCAUUGUCCUACUUUUGGUACAAGCAAUCUUGGGAUCCAUUGUUAACGCAAUAAUGGUGGGAUGCAUGUUUGUCAAGAUUUCACAGCCAAAGAACCGUGCCGAGACCCUUAUGUUCUCGAACAAUGCUGUUAUAUCGGUGCGGGACAGCAAGAUGUGCCUGAUGUUUCGAGUGGGAGACUUGAGGAACUCUCACAUUGUGGAGGCAUCAAUUAGAGCAAAGCUCAUUCGCUCACAGCAGACCAAAGAGGGGGAGUUCAUCCCACUCAACCAGACUGACAUAAACAUCGGCUUUGACACCGGGGAUGACCGACUGUUCCUGGUGUCACCACUUAUCAUCUCUCAUGAGAUCAAUGAAAAAAGCCCUUUCUGGGAAAUGUCCAUGGCGCAAAUGGAGAAAGAGGAGUUCGAGAUCGUCGUUAUCCUUGAGGGCAUGGUUGAAGCCACAGGCAUGACGUGUCAGGCUCGGAGCUCCUACCUGGACACCGAGGUGCUGUGGGGCUACCGCUUCACACCUGUUUUAUCUCUGGAGAAGGGCUUCUAUGAAGUAGACUACAACAACUUCCAUGAUGUCUACGAAACCAACACUCCCACAUGCAGCGCCAAGGAGUUAGCCACCAAGCUUCGGGACGAGCCACUUUUGCCUCAGCUCCCACUUCUAAGCCCUAAACCCACAUCGCCGACCUUUGACCCCCUGGACUGCCUUUCAGAACUGAAUCAACUAAAUCAGGAUGAAAAGAUGGAGGAAAGAGAUUCAGGUGACAGGGGUGAGAACAAUGGCUUAGCUGCUGCUCUUGAGGAGCCACCGCUCGUUGAUGGAAUGCCUGACUGAAGGGCUACAUCAGCUCAAAAAACCCAGCAAAGACUGUAACCAGACAAUGCUUAAUCAAUGGCCAUUUAUUUACACUGCAGUUAUUGGAGACAAAAGACUUCUGUCUCCAGGUGCAGACUCAUGCAAUAUUUCUCCAUAAGAGCAUCAAUCUAUAGUGUAGAUUGGUUUUGUAGACAGGUAUGUUACUCAGAGCACACAUGUACAACAACUAUAUCUACUCUUAAAAUUUGGGGGAAUUUUAUAAUCACAAUGAUCACCUAACUGCUAUAAUGCAUCAGUUCAAAUUGUGUUAGUUUAAAGUUAGGCUGGAGCUGGUAGCACUGGAGGUACACUAUGAGUUCACCCUAAUAUUCUCAUGUGAAGGUGUUGUAACUCAGCCUUUUUAUGCUUUCAUUCACUCCCAUUAAGAAAUCUGUCUAAACAGUCAUUUGAAUUAGCUCAUGUGUCUAACAGCAGCUUGCAUGUGGUAAUAAAAUCUUGCUUGUAUUUCUUUAAUUUUUGAAUGCGAGAAAUUAUUGGUUCCUGUUCCUGUUAGUAUUAAUAAAACAUCUUUGUCAUAAAGAUUAACAAUAUAGUUUACAAAAGAAAAGCUUGAAACUUCUAAAAUGUUACACCUACUUGCAGAUAUGGGGCAGUUCUGUUUCCUUUGCUCAACUCUUUUCUUUUGCUGUGCUGAUCUACAGUCACAUCGUGUUUUCUGUAAGUGAUGUCUUUGAGACACUGAGAGAGUUGAAUCAAAACAAUAGUUAAUCAUUUUAUGAGAUAUUUUUGAGGUUUUAAAUUAAGAGAGAUAACAAGCAACAGCUGAAAAUUCUCUAUAUAUUAUGCUAUGGAAUCAGUUAUUUUUGUCAUCUUCUUGGUUAUGUAAAGACAUUAUUCUAAUUUUCGACGUGCAGGCAAAGAACCCUAAAUCUAAGCCUCCUUUGGGGACCAAAAAAAGCACAAUUUCUUGUAAGGGGAUUUUACAAACACCCAAACAACCACUGAAUUACUGCUGCUUCUCCUGCUACUGGUUGAUGCAUGUCGGUCCUACCUAGAAGUUGCAUAAAGAAUUUUGUAAAAGGGAAAUAUUUAUACCCAGCAAUUGUUUCAAAUGUUCCUAAGUUUUAUACACAAUUCAGUAUAUCAACACCUAAAAUGUUUCACAAACAAAAUAAAAUAUUCUAUGAAUUAUUUAAGGCCCUUUGUUGCUUAUCUUUAUAAAUUUAUAUAUAUAUUUUUUGCCAUGUACAAAAGGGAAAAAGUGAAAAAAUUCUUUGAAAUCUAAUAAUGGCAAAUAAUUGUUUGCCUUUUAAUAAUCUCCUUUAAAGAUGAAUCUUUUAGCCUUUGCAAAAACAUUGGUUUACAGUGCACUUUGGUUCUGUUCAACCAAUCGCUCCUGGGUUUUUCCUUGUUAUAUCACACUGUGAUGGUCCGCUCUGGUGAGAAGUUUUCAUAAAUGUUAAUGAGCAUUUUAUUUAUGGUUUCUAAAUUAUUUUAUUUGAACUAUAAUUUUUUGCAGGUUGCAUUGAUUAUACAGCAUACAAGCUAUAAAAAAAAAUCAUCUUUGUACCAAGGAUGGAUUUUUUUUUCAUUUCUAAUUGAUUUUCUCUCGGAUA